GGACAUGUGUAUCAUCAAAUGAGACUCAGGGUGAGUUUCUACGAUACAGAGUAGAGAAGCAUUCUGGAGUGAAGCCCGUCCAGCUGCUGGCUCUGACCCAGGAACUGAAGCAGGGUUUUCUUUCAGAGCUGUCCAUCCUGGAGGAGCUGGAGAGGGACGUGCAGAUGGAGCAGCAGUACAUCAGCUGUGUGGUGGAGGGCAUGCAGGAGCAGAGACUCAUCAUCUGCCCCCUGUGUCACAUGAACAACUUGAACAUCAACAGCCAUUUUGUGUCCUGCUGCUGUGGACUGUACAUCAACACUCAGGACCAGAACAUCACCCCGGACCUCCUGCAGAGUCUCCUGGAGGCCCGGGUGUCGGAGCACAUGGAGGAUUGUGUGCAGAACCCCGUCUUCUCCGUCGCCCCCCCCACUGACGGCUCCCCCAGCCUGAUGAUCAGCUGCAAGGUAAGAAGCUGCAUCAUGUGAAGAGGCGUUCAGGGACAUUUCUACCAAACACACUUGGAUUUACUUUAGAGGUGAGAAGUAACUAAGUACAUUUACUCAAGUACUGUGCUUACAUCUUGAGGUACUUUAGAAUCA